AUGGUGCGGGAGGCCGCAGAGGAGCUGUCUGGAGACCAGAGAAAGCUCGCCAAGGGCAGGCUUGGUUUCGGGAGUCGCUGUCCUGCAAGCUGGCACCGAGAAACUCGCUGCGUGGGAGAGGGGGUGGCUGCGGGCGGGGACCGGGCGCCAAGGAUCGAGCCAGGUCUGCAGGCUGGGAGCCGCCUCUCCGCCCCACCACCCCAUGACGCAGAGGCCACUGCGGCUGCCUGCUGCGUCCUCCCAGCGCACAGAGCUAGGCCAGCAGCGGGCUGUUGGGUGGAUCUGGGGAAGCCCCACUUCUACUUUUUAUCAUUAAGAGUUAUGGAGGACAGUGACGACAGUGAUGCAAAGCUCCAAGAAGAAAUAGAAGCUGAAUUGGAUAAAAUCAGCAUUUCUUCCUUGGAAAAUGAUGAGGUUGAAAACGAUUCAGAAUCAGAAACUCAGAGUGACGAUAGUGACACUGAUGUACUUGAAUUGCCAGAGUCAGUUCUUCAUUAUAUCAGCGUCAUAAAGAACAAGAGUAAAACUGCUGAAGAGCUCAUUCUUCAGGACUUGGAAGAUACUGAUGUCUUCAGUUGUAGUUAUGGCGCAGUGUCUGACAGUCAUAUGCAUUUGAGAACUGGAUCAUCAUCACCUGAAUCUAAAGCAGAUUCUGAGCAAUUAAUGAAGAUAUUAUCUGUAAUAGACAAGGAAGAAUUUAUGAGAAGUCUAGCUCCUUCUGCCAAGCGUGUAACUGUUCCUGAGUCUAUUACUCUUGACAUAUCUAUGGAUGAAUAUGUUUUACCAGAUGAGGCUGAUUUGAGUUUUGGAUACUUUGAAGUAGAAGAACGAUGUAGAAAAUCUUUUGAAGCUUGGCAGGACAAACAACAGGAACUAGAAGUAAAGGAUAAAGCAUUUCUGGAAGCCCAGAGUGACAGGGAAAAACAGAGCUUUCAAGAGGAAGAUGAAAAGAGACAGCGCUGGAUAAGACAGUUUGAAGUUGAAAAGAAAAAAUUAGAGAAUCUUCAUAAGCAAAACCAAGACAAAAUGAAUGAUGAACUCCAUAAAGAAGAGAAAAUAUGGAAAGAAAAAUACAGACAGCAUGAGGAACGUAUCAGAAACUUGCAUUUACAAAUGGAGGAGGAGAGAACAAGAUUAAGGGAGCUACGAGAAAAAGAAAAAGCACGUUUAUUCAAACUGCGGCAUGAUGCAGCUGUAAAAAUUCAAGCCAAUUAUAGAGCAUGGGUAACUUACCGGAAGUAUAGCCCAAUCAUAAGAGAGCAAAUCGAAAAGAAAAAGAGGAAAGCACAGGAGUUGAAAGAGAAGGAGGCAAAGAUACGACAGAAGGAGGAAGAAAGGAGGAGGAGAAUUGAAGAGGAACAGAGAAUAAAGGAGGAGAGAAAGAAGAAGAUGCUAGAGGAAAGGAGGAGGCGGGAGAAGGAAUACGAAGAGAAAAAGAGCAUCCUGAGACAAGAGAGAGAAGAGCAAAAAAGCAAGGAAAAGAGACUGAGGGAACAUGCCCACUCACCGCUGAUCAUCACCUGUGCUUUAAAGAGAGGAGACUGUCAGGGCAAGCAGCAAGCGAUUGUACAGAUGUCAAAGAGUAAGGGUAGUAUAGACAAAGAGUCGGUGGGCAGCGACUCAAAGAAGCAGGAAGAUACUUGCCUAGUUCACCAAUUAAACAAGAGAGAAAAUACGCAUAAACAGAUCGCAUUGAAGGAAUCGACAGGAAUUAAAUUAAAACCAAGCCAGGAAAUUUUGGCAGAAUUAAAACUGAACGAGAAAAUUGAAAGUUUACCAAAAUUAAAAAUGAAUGAAAACUUUUCAAACAACCAAUGUUCAGGUUCAGAACAAUCUGCUGACCAAGAAAUUAUCUCUGAAAAUAGAGACCUAAAAAGUGACUUGGAAAACUCUGACCUAACAGAAAAUGUGAAUGAACAGUGCCCAGGGCAAGAACUAAACUCUGAAACUCAAACAGAGGGAUGGGUAGAGCAUGCCCCGAAGGAGAAUGUGGGACAAGAGACCCAAAAACUCUUUGGAUUCAGGGAAGAAAUGAGUGAAGAGGACAGUAAUGAAGGAUCGGAAAUCAUCGAGGAGAAUCAUGAGAGAAUGACUGAAGAGAUAGAAAUCAAAGAGAUGACAGAGCAAGAUGGGUCAUCAUGUGAGGAGAAUAAUAGUUCACCUAUUUCCAUACAGAAAAACCUACCACCACUGAUACCAGACAAUCCUGAACCUGUAGAAAGAAGUGUAACACUAGCAGAAGAUGAAGAGACUGACUUAAAACCAGAAAGAAUUGAGGAAAUCCCAGAAGGUGUGCUGGCUUGUGAUGCUUCAACCAUUAAAUCAGAUGCUUCUGUGCUCACAGAAGGCAAGGCAGACCUGCAGGAUUCUUCAUCAGGCAAACUUGCUCCCAGUGAAGAAGCGGGUAGUCACAGUGCUUGUUACCUCUUGGUCACUGACGAAGGGGAAGACUCUCCUAAAUCUGAGAUUAAAGAAACUCUGGAAGAAGGGAAACAAACAGAGUCUGAAGGUGUUGGUGUCCUGGCCUGCUCUGCUUCACAGAUAACAGUUUUAUCUUCAAUUGAGGAAAGGAGACUAGCUUGGGUAAGAUCGUUUAAACCUUGGACCGAAAUCUUUGAGCAAAAUCAACUUAAGAAAAUCGUUAAAAAAAGGAGACUUGUGAAGUGCCCACCAAAUACAAUGCCUGCUUUGGAUCCUUCAGCCAUUCUCCAGCUUGGCCCUUGGAAAACUCUACAGCAGGUAUUUAUAAUCUAG